AAUGGAUUAAAUUUGCCUUUGAUGAUUAUUUUAAAUAAUGAUACACACCAUAUGUCUUAAUGGAUUAUAAAUUAUGAAUCCUCAAUUGGGUUUUAGAAGCAACUAUCGCACCAACUUAGUGAACUUAAGUCAUUCUGCAUUUUUGUGUCUAAUAUUUUUUUCAUUUAUCACAUUUUGUUAUUCAUGGACUGGAAGACUUACUCAUACAUCGCAAUUAAACCCGUAUACAAACUAUAAAAAUAAUCCACCGCCAUCUUCCAUAAAGAAUCACCAUGAAUUUCAAACAAAUGCAUUUGAAGAUUUAACAAAUAAGGUUUCGGGGCUGAAAAAUGUCCUACAACAGAAAUUCGGGCUCUCUAACGAGCUCAGCACUAUGGACAAUCCCCAGGUGUCCGCGUAUGAAGGAGAUCCGUCUACACCGAAGGCACCUCAGGAGCCUCCUGAAGUAAGUCUGUCGGGUGAGCAGACAUACCCAUUUCAAGCAGAAGUCAGUAGAGUUAUGGACAUAAUAGUGAAUUCUCUGUAUACAGAUAGGGAUAUUUUCCUAAGAGAGCUUGUCUCAAACUCAGCAGACGCAUUGGACAAAAGAAGAUUAAAGGCUGACCCGGAAGAGAAAAUACCAAAAGAAGCAUUUGGAGGUAUUAGAAUAAUGCCAAACAAGGAUUUGAGUACACUAACAAUUGAGGAUGACGGUAUAGGAAUGACUGCGGAGGAACUAAAAACGAACCUAGGAACAAUAGCAGAGUCAGGAACAGCCAAAUUUUUACAGCAGAUUGACACAACAGGAGAAAAUAACCUAAUAGGACAGUUUGGAGUCGGAUUUUACUCGUCAUACUUGGUAUCAAAUAAGGUAGAAGUAUUCUCAAGAGCAUACGGACAAGAAGCUGGACCGGUGUACAGAUGGAAGUCGGACAGUAAUGGAACAUACACGAUAGGAAGAGUAGAAAACCAAGAGUUGAAUGACAAAUUUAUGAAAAGCGGAACAAGAAUAGUGUUGCACCUAAAGCCCGAAUGCGAUGAUUAUUUGGAAGAUUAUAAACUGAAAGAACUCCUAAGGAAAUAUUCAGAGUUUAUCCGUUUCCCAAUACAAGUGUGGGUUGAGAGAAUAGAAUAUGAAAGGGUACCAGACGACGCAACAAUAGUGGAUGGGAAACCAGGAAGAUAUAAGACUGUGACUAAGAAAAGAAAUGAAUGGGAAGUGGUCAAUACACAGUUACCGAUUUGGAGAAGAGAUCAAUCAACCAUAAAGCCAGAAGAUUAUAUAUCAUUUUAUAAAUCAACUUUCAAGGCUUAUGAAGAUCCACUGAGUUAUAUACACUUUAAAGUUGAAGGACAAGUGGAGUUCACAUGUCUACUCUUCGUUCCAGGAACACUGCCAUGGGAGCUUAGCAGGAACAUGUUUGACGACGAGUCGAGAGGAAUAAGACUCUACGUGAAGAGAGUGUUCAUCAACGAUAAGUUCUCAGAGUCCAUACCAAGAUGGCUUACAUUCGUAAGAGGUGUAGUGGAUUCAGAUGAACUCUCACUUAACGUUGGAAGGGAGUAUUUGCAGAGGUCAAAGGCUCUAACAGUGAUAAACAAAAGAAUAGCGAGCAAGGCGAUAGAUAUGCUGAAGAAUCUAAGAAAUAACAAAGUCAGGUUUGAAAAGUUCUCUGAAAACUUCGGAAAGUACAUUAAAAUAGGAGUAGUGGAAGAUAGAGAUAACCAGCAAGAAUUGGCAUCAUUAACAACAUUUAAGAGCACAAAGGAAAAAUCAACAACGUUGGAUGACUACAUACAGAGAAUGAAGAAAGACCAGCCAGCAAUAUACUAUAUAUCAGCGGAUAGUGAACAGUCAGCACAAAAUUCACCAUCACUAGAAAAGUUUAAUCAGCUGGAUUAUGAAGUACUGUACUCCUUGGAGCCAGUAGACGAGUUCUGUCUUUCAUCACUCAUGGCAACCAAAUACAAGGGAAUAAUGAUACAAGAUGUAAAUAAACACGAUGUCAAGAUUGGAGAGAACCAAACACUUUCAGAAACGAGUAAAACUGAAGGAACAACAACAGAAACUCCACAAGGAGAUUUUGAAAUGCUUUGUAACUGGAUAAAAACGACAUUUCCAGAUAGAGUACAGGAAGUGAAGGUUAGUAAUAGACUGGUUGAAUCGCCAGCACUGCUGGUGCAGACAGACUUCGGACUCUCGCCAAGUAUGCAGAAGUAUAUGAGACAGCAAGCAACGAGCGUGGGAAUGAACGAAACUGAGAUGUUUGGAACAUCAUUGGUGUCAAAACCAGUACUUGAAAUCAACGCACAACAUCCAAUAAUAGUAAACCUCGAAAAAAUGCUCAAAGUUGAUGCACUCAGAGACAGAAUGAAGGAAAUAGCAGCUCAACUACUAGAUGUGGUCUCAAUCCAAGGAGGAUACUCAAUAGAAGACCCAAGUUCCUUCGCAAAAGGAAUAAUCAAAUUAAUGCAAAAUGAAGCAAAACAUUACUUAACGAAUCCAAGUGAAAAAACGCCAGAAACAAAUGAAACACUGAGUGAAUUCGCUGCAUCAAAACCAAGUGAAAGCUGUUUAUUGAAUUCUAAUACUGGAUCUAGUGUAACUGAUUCACCCAAGGAACCAGUAUCUAAAGUUACGGAUACAACGAUGUCGAGCAAUAAGGAGAAUGAAAAGGUGGAACAGAUCACUAAAGAAGAAGCACAAGAAGUUUCAAAUACUCUAAAAGAUAAUGAAAUGGGUUUAAAAGUUGCAAAAGAGGAAUUCGAAGGAGGAUCCGAACUAGUUAGAAGCCCGUCAGGCCCCGUAGAAACCCACACCCUCAACCUUGUAUAAUAGGAAUUUUUAAUCGAAUGUGUUAU